AUGGACCGCCGCGAGAGCGACGCCGGCGCCACGGGCGGCACGCCCCGCACCGCGCAGGCGCAGUACCACCGCCUGCAGUCGUCGCCCCAGGCCGGCGCGCACCGCAGCGAGUCCGCCGCCUACCCGCCGGCCACCGCGCCCUCGGCGUCGCCACUGCGCGCCACCGUCGCGGACGCCACCAGCGCGAGCGCCGCGGCCUUCAACCCGUCCAGAUACUUCCACCGCAACCAGACGGUCGAGGUGCUGCCGCGCCAGCCCGCGGGGCCCUCGGACCUGCCCAAGUCGCGCCCCAACUCGGAGCUCUUCCGCACGCUCACGUCGUCGCAGCUGCUUAACUUCCGCCAGCGCCUGCUGGACGACGACGCCAGCGACGCGCCCAUGCGCGCCGAGUUCCUCACGCGCCACGGCACGACGGCCUCGGCCUCCACGCCCAAUGGCUCGGCCGCCGCCGCGCAGGGCUACGGCUACGGCAACGGCUACUUCCGCAGCGAGAGCUGGCGCAUGUUCUACCGCAACCUGCCGCGCACGCUGCGCUUCCGCCAGAACACGCGCUCCACCACGCGCUACAUCGACCCGGCCAACGCCGCGUCGCUGCGCUCGCGCGUGCGCGCGCGUAAGCAGGAGGAGCAGGCCCGCAACGAAGGCCGCACGGGCCAGGGCUCCCCCAUGCCCGAGCGGGAGCUCACCGACUUCGAGCGCGAGAUGGCCAACGCCCGCGGGGGCACGACCACGGACACGAGCAGCGCGCAGAACGGAGGAGGCUCGUCUUCUGCUGCUGCCGCGGCCGGGGCGACCGUCAUGACGCCCAAGGGCAGCAGCCACAAGACGAUCGGCCGCAUGAGCAGCCUCAUGUCCACGGACUCGCAGGGCGCGCCCAUCGGCCAGCGGAAGCAGUACAAGAUCGUCAAGAUCAACGACGGAGGCAAUGCGCCCAAGCGCGAACCGACCGGCGGAGAGGACGGAGCAGAGGACGCGGACGCAGAAGGAGAGGAGUUCUUCGUGUCCAACGAGGUCAAGACGUCGCAGUACACGUGGUGGAGCUUCGUGCCCGUGUUCCUGUACCUGACGUUCCAGAAGACGGCCAACCUGUACUUCCUGCUCAUCGGCAUCUUCCAGAUCAUCCCUUCCGUCUCGCCGACGAACGGCGUCCCGCUGCAGUUCAUCCCUCUGGCCAUCGUGAUCGUCAUCGACGCCAUCUUCGCCGGCUACGAAGACUACAAGCGCCACAUGGCCGACGACCUCGCCAACUCGGCCAAGACGCGGGUGUUCAACCGCCAGCUGCGCGAGUUCGAGGAGGUCGAGUGGCGCGAGGUGAAGGUGGGCGACUUCGUCAAGGUCGCCAACCACGAGAUCCUGCCGGCCGACAUCAUGAUUCUGGCUGUGAUUCCUGCGGAAGGAGCGCGCUCCGGCGGCAAUAUGGGCCUCUGCUACGUGGAAACCAAGAACCUCGACGGCGAGACGAACCUCAAGCUGCGUGAGGCGCCCCAGCCCACCCGGAACAUGUUCAUGAACGAGGAUGAAGCCGGCUACAUUGUCCAAGGAUACGUAGAGAGCGAGCUUCCGAACGGCGACAUCAACACGUACUCGGGCUCGCUCUACCUGGAGGAGAACCCGAACGGGGGCAGCAAUGAAGGGAUCCCCCUGUCGCUGAAGAACAUGCUGCUGCGCGGCAGCAAGCUCCGCAACACCAGCUACGUGUACGGCUUGGUGGUAAACACGGGCAUCGACUCCAAGAUUAUGAUGAGCUCAGGCGAUGAGUUCCCGGUCAAGGUCUCGUCUAUCGAUGAGAUGACCAACAGACAGGUGAUCGUUGUGGUUGUUAUUCUGGUGGUGAUGUCGCUUAUCGGCGCGAUCGGAGACAGAGUGUGGAUGAACGGCCUUCAUGUUCCAACGUACUUGGAAUUGACCAGCUGGGACGACAGCUUCAUGGAGACUUUCGUGUACUUCUUCGCGACGCUGGCUUCGAUGGUGCCCAUUACGCUGUACGUGUCCAUUACACUCGUGAAGGCGUUGCAAGGCUACUUCAUGGAGCGUGAUCUGGACAUGUACGACGAAGAGACUGCCACUCCGAUGAGCGUCCGCAACAUGCAGCUGAACGAGCAGCUGGGCCAGAUUUCCCACAUUUUCUCCGACAAGACGGGCACUCUGACCUGCAACAAGAUGGAGUUCCGCAAGUGCAGUAUUGGUGGUCGCAGUUACGGCAAGGGCACGACCGCUAUUGGUAUCGCAGCUCGGAUGCGGAGCGAUUUCAAGGGUGACCGGACCGUGGAUGAAGACACCGCAGACGAGAAUGAUGUCUCUCUCUUGGAUCCACGCAUGGAGGCCCCAGCUCCUAACGUGAAUUUCAAGGAUAAAAACUUCUGGCGGGAUAUGCAGAACAAGGAAGACACCCAGAGCGGGAAGAUCGAAGAGUUUAUGACCUUGUUGGCGUUGUGCCACGGUGUUUUGAUUGAGCGUCUGGACCCGACGGAAGAAGAUGCCAGCCCUCCAGUUCACUACUCGGCCUCCUCUCCUGACGAGCUUGCGCUGGUCUGCGGUGCCAAGUACUUCGGCUACGAAUUCAUCGACCGCCAACCUGGAAGUGUUUCGAUCAAGAAGCCUGAUGGAGUCGUGGACCAGUACGACAUUCUGGAAGUUUUCGAGUUCGACUCGAACCGUAAGCGUAUGUCUGUGAUCGUGCAGCGUCGGAAGCGUGAUGAUGAACUCCGUCUCAUGUCGGAAAGCGAGGAAGAUGACGUGCUUCUUCUUACCAAGGGCGCUGAUAGCAUGCUGUUCCCUCGUCUUGCUCCGAUGUCGGCCAACAACGACCGGAUCCGCGAAUCAACAGAGAAGCACCUAGAGUCCUUCGCACAAGAUGGACUUCGAACGCUGGUUGUUUGCGCGAAGAAAAUCAGUCCUCAGUCUUGGGAGCAAUUCUACGCCCAGUAUCGCCACGUGUCUGCUGACCUGAGCCAAGUCGAGGCGAAGUCCAAGGGAGAGCCGAAUGCCAUCGAUGCUCUGCAGGAUGAGAUGGAAUCGAACCUGGAGUUGCUCGGUGCCACUGCUAUCGAAGACCGACUGCAAGACGGUGUGCCUGAAACGAUGGAGAGUCUAGCCAAGGCUGGAAUCUGCAUCUGGGUGCUGACGGGAGACAUGGAGGAAACGGCAAUCAACAUCGGAUAUGCUUGCCGCUUGCUCAACAACGACAUGGAACGACACGUGAUUAAUGCGGCGAAGUACCGAACGAAGGGCGCCAUUCUGCGCAAGCUGGACGAGAUUUUCCACGAGAUUCACGACGCUAGUGACGAUGCUUCUCGUACGUCAACGGUGGCUGCCCAUUCCGUCUUGUCUCCGCCAUCAGGCCAAGUUGAGCACGCUCUGGUGAUUGACGGAGCUUCACUGAGCAAGAUUCUCGAGGACCCGCUGCACAACUUGCAUCUGCUGCGUGUGUCGCUGCUGUGCAAGGUCGUCGUGGCUUGCCGUGUGUCGCCUCAGCAGAAGGCACAGCUGGUCGAGCUGGUGAAGUUGAAUGUGCCGGAAUCGCACACUCUUUCCAUUGGUGACGGAGCUAACGACGUCCCGAUGAUUCAGAGUGCACACAUUGGUGUCGGUAUCAGCGGGCAGGAGGGUCUGCAAGCCGUGAACAGCUCGGACUACGCAUUGGGCCAGUUCCGCUUCCUGAGCAACUUGAUUUUGGUCCACGGUCGCUGGAACUACAACCGCGUUGCAGCUCUGGUCGUCUACACGUUCUACAAGAACAUCGCGUACAACGUGUCCAUGUUCUGGCACACGCUGUGGCCUACCGGGUAUUCCGGUACGAUGAUUUACUCCGCGCUGAUCCAGCAGGGCUACAAUCUGUUCUUCACUGCGCUCCCGAUCGUCGUGUUCUCGGCGUAUGACAAGGAUUUACCGAAGAAGACGGUGCUCGAGUUCCCGACGCUUUAUCACGCCGAGGUGCGCAAGACCAGCUUUUUCAGUCACAUCAUGUUCUGGAAGUGGAUUUUCCUGGGCAUUAUCGAUUCCGUGGGUAUUUACUUUGCGAUUGUGGCCAUUGGGUGGAACAUCGAGCGUGGUGGCAACACCCUCGAGUUCCUGUCGAUGCAGACUCUUGGCUGGACCAUUCUGUGCAUCGUUGUGAACGCGCGCUUCUGCUUGAUGGUGAACUCGUGGGACGUUCUUGAAAUCGGAAGUAUGGCGCUCACUGUCAUCGCGCUGUACUUAUUCCAGUACGUGCUCGACCAGAUCGACUGGUCGUACGACACGGAUUCGCUGCCGUGGCAGUUUGGACGCUCCCAGUUCUGGCUUGGCCAGUUGUUCGCUGUGGUUGCCAUCCUCAUGAAGGACUUCUUCUACGAGGGAUGCCGACGCCGCUUUGUUCCGGAGUAUCUGGAUCUGGUGAAGGAGUCGCAGGACGAGAAGUCGGCCAUCUCGCGUGAAGAGCUGGCCGAGUUCAAGCCCCCGCAGGUCAACUACCUGAACCCGGAGCUCGCCGGCAUGAUCGACUACCAGGAUCGUCGCGUCCACGAGAGCGCGCCCGUGAGGUUCACGGCCUCGGGCCGCUCGAAGCUGUACACGGGUUUCGCGUUCGACCAGCCGGCCAACGUCGUGAACUGGAUCCUGACCGGCACCAACAACUCGGGCGGCCAGAACAGCAGGAAGAGCAUCAACGCCGACGUGCGCAACCUCAUCCUGAGCUCGGACGACCCCGUUUUCUUCGAGAACCAGCGCUACCAGCCGUUCUGCGGCUACGGCAGCUCGUUCCCGGGCUACCUGCUGCCGACGGACCGCAAGCGCUGGAGUGAUCGCUCGGGCAAGAUCAGCGCGCAGGCCAUCCCGCUCGCCGGUCUGGAGCUCAGCCUGGACGUGCCAGGGUGCGACGCCGAGGGCUGGGUGUACGAGAACGACUUCGCCUUCUUCCCGUCGACGCCUCCGAACGAAAACGACGAGGAGGAGGAGGACGUGGAGCUGGCGCUGAGCACGGGCGACCGCAGCAGCAACGGCACGUUCCUGUCGUCCAGGCGGAAGAACAAGAAGAAGAAGGCCAAGAAGCCGCGCCCGCACCACGGAUUCGUGCGCCGCCGCGAGUGGAAGCUCUCGGAGGAGUUCAAGGCCCAGCAGGAGGCUCGGCGCGCCUCCAACCUCAGCACCAUUUCGGCGGUGCAGGUUGAAGAUUGCAGGCAGUCAACGCUCUCCAACUGA